CACCAACAUUCUUUACCCCUCUCAGUCUAUGUGAGAGUGUAGGUGAUGUGAGGGUUUGUUUUUUUCAUAGGGAGAAUAUUCUAUUAGGUCUCACUUCUGGAACUGAUCUCAUUGGUACAAGACAAGACUCAGAACAUGAUUAAAAUAAAAGAAGAGUUGCAGACCACCAAAGAAGACCUAAGUCUAGUGACGAAUACGCUAGAGAGAAACAAAUUGAUGAGCAGCCUAAAUAAUAAGCUGUGGACUCUGCAAGGUGACAUACAAAGUCUACAUGAAAUGUGCAGGAACCAAGGAAGGACCUUGGAAGUGGAAGCACUCUCCAUUCAUGAGAUGGAAAGCAGCAUCAGCCUGUGUAAACAGCAGCUGCAAGCAGAGUUUGGCUGCUGUAACCAGACCCGUCAGAUACAACUCCAUCAGCUAAACGAAAAGUUGCUGGCUCUUCAGCAGGAACUGGAGAUUCGCACAGAAGAAUUACAGUCUUCUUACUGCUCACUCUUGCAAUAUCAGUCCAUCCUGGAUAAGCAAACCUGUGACCUAGAAAUGCUUCACCAGCACUGCCAGAUGAAGGAGGAUGAGGUUACAAUCUAUGAGGAAGAGAUGGAAAAGAAUAAGGAAGAUAACAAAAGGCUUCAGGAGAAGCUCCAAAUAUCUCAGGAACAACUUGCCUUGGCUGAAAAUAGGAUCAUCUCCCUGGAAAGCAGUUUAACUCUUUACAAGGAUAAGUAUCAGGCAGCCGUGAAGAGCCUCGAAUUGCUGGAGUGCCAAAUGAAGGCCUUAGAACAAGACAUCAAAAUCAUCCCCAUGCAGGAGGAAGAUGGCAAAGGGGAUCAGCCAAAAGAAAGAAUGGCAGAAUACUUAAUCUAUGAGCUGAAGGAGACCCAAAAGCGUUUGCAUGAUGCUUUGCAAAACGGCUCUGAACAGGAAGAUACGCUUCAGGAGCUCCGCCAUAAGCUCGUUUGCAGCAAUCUUAAAAUAUUGGAUCAUGAAGAGACUCUGAUAAAAUUAGAAGUGGAUUUUGCUACCUAUAGAAUGUCCCACAGACAACUUUUCUGCCCUCCAGAUGAGUCAGAGGAUAUCAAACAGAUCUUGGCACAUAUUGAGGAGCAGUGUGAGUACCAAUGCAUCCGGGUAGAAGAAUACCAGUACCUCCUGAAAGACAUGAAGAAGGAACUAGAAAAAGUAUCAGAACAGAAGAAGAAGAUCAUGAAGGACCUCAUGAAGCUGGAGUUAGAUAUGCACAACCUUCUACAAGAGACAGCCACCCAAACCGAGUGGAAGGAUGGAGAAGCGAAGGACCUGAAGAGACACAUUAGGAAUCUGGAGGGCCAGCUGAAAGAAUGCCAGAGCCUCUGUUUGGAGAACGAAAAGGUCAUUCAGAAGAAAGAUGAAGCCCUAUCCAAACAUCAGGAAAUAAUUCAGGCGCAACACGCUCUUGAUGCAAAGGACUCAGAUAUAGAGAAGCAAAAAGCCAGAGUAGAAGAGGUAGAGCAUGCCCUCCAGAAGGUGAAGGAGAAGAAGGAAAAAAGCGAGACCCAGAAUGCUGCCCUGGACGCUAAGGUCCAGCAGCUUCAGCACAACCUGAAUGAGGCCCACCAAGAACAGCUACUACUGGCUCAGAAGCUGUCAUGUGUUGAUAAACAGACAUCUAUGCUAAAGGAUAGCCUAGACUGUACCCAGCGGAAGCUGGAAGAUAAGAUAGCUGAGAACAUGGAAAAGAAAGAGCUUAUCGACAAGCUUUCCAGUGAGCUCAAAGGACAUCAGAAAGAUAAAUCCACACUAGUGGAUCUACUGGAAACAGAAAGAAAGAAUAUUGAAAUGCUGACGUCAGAACUUGAAGUAUCCAAUAGGAAACACCAUGAUGCAGAAAAGGAGAUCACAGAACUUCAGAAAUCAGUGGAUGAUAUGAAACUACAGCUGUGUAAAAGCCAGGAGAAGAUGAAGGAACUCAUAGACGAGCUUGAGGAGGAAUGUUAUAUUAAUGAGAGUCUGCGAAAACAACUGAAACAGCUAGAGAGGGAGCGAGAGGACCACCAGGACUUGAGGCUGACGUGGAAGAACCAGGAGAAGGAGCUAAAGGACAAAAUUGAGGCGCUCAAGAAGGAAAUCCAAGAUGAUAAGAAACUGGAGAUGGAGAAACUGAGUGUCCUUGAACAUCAGGUCAAGAAUCUUCGGGAUCAGCAGAAACAUCCCUCACAGCAGAGAGGAACUCAGGACAAGCUUGAGGCUGUUGUGAUGUUGCAUCUCUCUGAAGAGGAGGAGGAUGGAUUGAAUGAACCCGAGGAUGAGGAUGAGAACCAGUGUCUACAGGAGUUAUCUAAAAGGAAGCCCAGAGCUGCUGAGAAGAUCCAACAGCAGGUUGAAAAGGACUCACCCAAGAAGAAGCUCAGUGCUACUGAAAAGAUGAUGCAAAAGCUCGUAGGAAAGCAGAAGGAAAGACUGAAGGAGCUCGAAGAUGAGAACCAGAGCCUCCGCGAUAAGAUGCAAUAUUAUUCAUUACAACUGGAUUCCACUACAGUCAAGUUUGCUUGUGCUCAGAAGAUCCAAGAGCAGGCAGAAAAGGAAAAGGACAGACUGCAUAAGCUCGAAGAUGAAAACCAGUAUCUCAGGGAUCAGAUGCAAUAUUAUUCUUUGCAACUUGACUCAGCUACAAAAAAGAUCAGUGUUGUUGAAAAGAUCCAAGAGCAGGCAGAAAAGAAGAAUGACAGAUUGAAUGAGCUUGAGAAUGAGAACCAGUGUCUCCGGGAUAAGAUGCAAUGUUAUUUAUCACAACUGGACUCGGCUACGAGAAAGUGCAGCGAUGCAGAAAAGAAGAUGCAAGAGCAGGAAGGAAAGGAGAAAGCCAGACUGAAUGAGCUGGAGGAUGAGAACCAGUGUCUCCGGGAUAAGAUGCAAUGUUAUUCAUCACAACUGGACUCAGCUACAAGAAAGCUCAGAGCUGCUGAGAAGCAGAUCCAAGAGCAGGCAGAAAAGGAGAAAGCCAGAUUGAAUGAGCUGGAGGAUGAGAACCAGUGUCUCUGGGAUAAGAUGCAAUGUUAUUCAUCACAACUGGACUCAGCUACGAGAAAGCUCAGAGCUGCUGAGAAGCAGAUCCAAGAGCAGGCAGAAAAGGAGAAGAAUAGAUGCUAUGAGCCCGAGGAGGACAACCAGUGUCUGAAAGUUAAGAGGCCAUUAAACCAAGACUCAUUUACAAGAAAAUGUAGUUGUUCUGAGAAGAAUAUCCAACAGCAGGCAGAAAAGGAGAAGGAGAAAGUAUGUAAGCUAGAGUUGGAGAAUGAGAUCCUCCGGGGUGCACUGAAACACUGUACGAACCAACGGGAGUCAGCCACAAACAAGCUCGAGACUGCUAAGGAGGCAACCAAGGUGAAGGAAAAUGAGGUGGUGUGCCAGAAAGAAGCUCUGACCCAUGUACAAAAGGAUCUCCAAGAGGCUGAAAAACAGGAGCAAAAGAACAACCUCAGAAAUACUCACUCCUGCCUGGAGUCAGCUAGAACGUCGUCAAACCAAGACAAACUGAAGGAGGCUCUGGAGAAGCUCAGUCAGGCCAAGCUGGAGGCAGCCACGCUUCGCCAAGAGUUACAAAAGACCCAGCAAAAGAAGUCCCAGCUGGAGGAGGAGACAUGCGCUUAUAAGCAUCGCAUGAAAAAGCUCAACGGGGAGCUGAGGAAGCUCCAGGACUUUCACCAGCAGAGUGAGAAAGAGGUUGAUGCCUUCGUUCAGCAGAUAGAAGAUAUGAAUUAUCAGUUGGCCUUCUGGCAAAAGACACAUGAGAAUGACCUCCAGUUCCUGGCAGCCAAAGAUGAGCAGCUUGUGGUCUUCAAGGUAGAAAUGGCCUCCCUCAAGGAGAACCUGCGGGAAGAAGAGAAAAAGGUGGAAGCCCUUCGGAACACCCUGGAGAGUGCUCAGAAAGACACCUGGAAAUUUCACCAGGAAAAUGAAAUGGUUGCAUCUGAUGUACAUCAGUGGGUGAAGGAACAAAAAGAUAACACUGAGAAAUUAGGAUCCAAGAUCCGAGAACAAGUCAAAUGCAUUUAUCAACUGGCUGGUGAAAAGGACCAUCUCCACAACGUGAUGGUCCAUUUGCAACAUGAAAACAAGAAGCUGAGGAAAGAAAUAGAUGACAGGCGCCAACAGAAUGAGCAUCUGAUGGUUCCUCACUAUAAUAUUACAAUUCCUUGCAUUGAAUAUCAUCUCAAGCCACAACAGAAGAGGUCUCACUGGGACUCCAGACCCUUCUGCCCAUUUCAAGGCUCGUGACAGUCAUGCGCCCAGCCCUGCCCUCUCUGAUCCUGAGCAGACAGUGAGUUAAACUGCAAAAGAACAGAGCCCUUUAUGAACUGUAAGAGAUGCACACAAAUCUGAAGACAAUGCUCCAGCUCUGAGAGCACAGCCAGUACUGGGAGACUUUGGCUACAAGAGGGACACACGGAAAUGUCAAGUGUACAAAUAAGCUACCUUCCCCAAACAGACAAGUGGAGUUUCAAGAAGAGACCAUCAGAAAUGUUGCCUGCCUACAAAUCCACAAGUAGCAAAAAUAAAGUAUUAGAGAACAGAGGUGAAGUGGUGAGAUUGUCUAAAAUUACACAAACUAAGGCUAUAAAAUAACAUGAUUGAAAACUUCGAUACUAAAUAAUAGUAUUGACUGAUGCAAUUGAUUAAAGUUAAAGCAUACAUCCCUCCUUUCUAACAGCCAAAAAACCCUACCUUGUAGAAGUUUAUUGGGAAGUCUUGGGUCAAAACAAACUCUAACAAAUUUAAAUUUUUUUUUAAAGGAUAUGAUUGAGAGAAACUGGCCAAUGGGGGUCACAGACAAAAACCUAAGCCCAAAUGAGGCAUUUGCUUGAGUUUGGUUUGUAGGGAGAAAUCAGAAAAGAGAAAGGUUUUGGGGUGAUGGGGUCUUUCACUAGGAAUUUGCUCUUCUCAAUCCCCAGAAUAUGAGUUCAGAUCUUCCACCUGACUCAGGAUCUCAGCCCUUCUCACUACUCAGAAGUCCUUUCCUCCAACCAUGAAAGAAAAAUGCCUUUAAAUCCCAGUUACUUUGUAAAAAAAUUAAGUGAUUUUUGUGCCUUCUCUAGUCAACAGCAAGGGUAGGAAAAGAAGGAAGCUACUUACACGAGCAGAACCUGUGAAUAACCUAUGGGGCUUGCAAAGUAGUCUUUCCUACUUACACAUCAAACACAAUGGCUGGCUUUUAUUAUUUUUUUUUAAACUAAAAGCGUUCCUCAUGUCCACAAACUCAACAUUGGGCAGGCACAUUCAAGAAAAUUUUGAAUACAUCAACAGCCUCAUGAGGGGAAUGAUGACCUGCCCAGCAGAAUCCUAAAGUACAAAAAGACAUCUCAUUUUCAGGGCAGCUAGGUGGCACUGAAUCACAAAGAUUCAUCUUCCUAAGCACAAAUCUGGCCUAGCUGUAUGACC